AUGGCGUUCUUCCCCAACAUCUCCGGCGACUUCGCUCCUUUGUUCCAUUUACUUGAUGACUAUGAUGUCCACCGAGCAUGCCGCCCAAAGCGGAGGACUACACCUGUUCGCUCUUUGACGCCUCGCUUUGAUGUCUAUGAAAUAAACAACAGUUACCACCUUAAUGGAGAGCUACCUGGCGUAAAUCAAAGCAGCCUCGAUAUCGAGUUCACCGACCCUCAUACACUGGUCAUAAAGGGCUGCGUCGAGCGCAACUACAGCGACAGCACAUCCAAUACCAAAGAGCAGGCCGAAGUUCUCAAUGACGCCUCUUCUGUCAAGUCACUCCAGCCAACAGUUGAAGAUGAAGAUGAAGAAGCAAGCGACACAGCAUCUGCCAGUUCAUCUACCAAAUCUUCAAAGCAGGCGACCACCCAAGAGCAGACCAAAUCGCACUACAAAUAUUGGAUCGCCGAGCGCCCAGUUGGCGAGUUCCACCGAGCCUUUACUUUCCCGACAAGAGUAGAUCAAGAUACAGUCAAGGCUACUCUGAAAGAUGGGAUCCUUUCCGUUAUUAUCCCAAAGGAACCUGCCCCAACCUUAAAGAAAAUUCGCGUCGAGUGA